UUCUCACAUCCCUAGCACCGUACCAAUCGUUUCGUGUUUCGACUUUUCCAGGGCAACCAAAAAACGAUUUUUCCGUGCUGAAAAGUGCAAUUCGCGCAAGGAAAAUCUUCGAUGUGGUCCUUUUAAGCCAUCAAGAUUGCAUUUUCGAAAUUUUCCGCCUGCAGCUGGCCCUGGACGUGCUUUGUAUCCGUGGAGAACAGAGACGCAAAGAUAGACGCCGUGUGGGGUUGGGUUGCUUCCGGCCCGCUGCGCUUAGCAGCGAACAGAAUGGGCGACCUGCCGGGCUCGGGAUCCACCGCUCAACCACGGGAUGCUGCUGUUACCGGUACCGGUGGUAAUUCCACGGCUGGUGGCGGCUCCUCCGUUGGAUCUACGGCAGUGGACCGACCUCCGUCGCCCGCCCGCCUCUCUCACACGUCCGAGAAACAUCCGAAGGUCACGCUCACGGAACUAAAUAUGCUACGGCGCCAUCGGGAGCUCUGCGAUGUGGUGCUCAACGUGGGCGGACGGAAGAUCUUUGCCCACCGGGUCAUUCUGUCCGCCUGCAGCUCCUACUUCUGUGCCAUGUUCACUGGCGAACUGGAGGAAUCGCGCCAGACUGAGGUCACCAUACGCGACAUCGAUGAGAAUGCCAUGGAGCUGCUCAUCGACUUUUGUUACACCGCCCACAUCAUUGUCGAGGAGUCGAAUGUCCAGACCCUCCUACCCGCCGCCUGCCUGCUUCAACUGGUUGAGAUUCAGGACAUCUGCUGCGAGUUCCUCAAACGGCAGUUGGAUCCCACCAACUGCCUGGGUAUACGCGCCUUUGCCGACACACACUCCUGCCGGGAACUUUUACGGAUCGCCGACAAAUUUACGCAGCACAACUUCCAGGAGGUGAUGGAGAGCGAGGAGUUCCUGCUGCUCCCCGUCGGCCAGCUGGUGGACAUCAUUUGCAGCGACGAGCUGAACGUGCGCUCCGAGGAGCAGGUCUUCAACGCGGUCAUGUCCUGGCUCAAGUACAAUGUCGCCGAGCGGCGACAACAUCUGGCACAGGUGCUCCAACACGUCCGUCUGCCUUUGCUCUCGCCAAAGUUCCUGGUUGGCACGGUGGGCUCUGAUCUCCUGGUGCGCAGCGACGAGGCCUGCCGGGAUUUGGUGGAUGAGGCCAAGAACUAUCUGUUGCUCCCACAGGAGCGACCGCUGAUGCAGGGUCCACGCACCAGACCGCGCAAACCAACUCGACGAGGGGAAGUCCUAUUCGCCGUGGGCGGAUGGUGUUCCGGCGAUGCCAUUGCCUCCGUGGAGCGCUUCGAUCCCCAGACCAACGACUGGAAAAUGGUCGCUCCCAUGAGCAAGCGACGCUGCGGAGUUGGCGUGGCCGUGUUGAAUGAUCUACUUUACGCCGUGGGCGGUCACGAUGGCCAGAGCUAUCUGAACAGCAUCGAGCGUUAUGAUCCACAAACGAAUCAAUGGUCCUGCGACGUUGCUCCCACCACUUCCUGCCGCACCAGCGUGGGCGUGGCUGUGCUCGACGGCUUCUUGUACGCGGUGGGUGGCCAGGAUGGCGUUCAGUGUUUGAACCACGUGGAGCGGUACGAUCCGAAAGAGAACAAGUGGUCCAAAGUGGCACCGAUGACAACAAGGCGACUGGGAGUGGCGGUAGCCGUGCUUGGAGGAUUCCUCUACGCAAUUGGUGGCUCCGAUGGACAGUGUCCGUUGAACACCGUAGAGCGAUAUGAUCCCAGACACAACAAAUGGGUAGCCGUCAGCCCGAUGUCCACGCGACGCAAGCACCUGGGCUGUGCUGUGUUCAACAACUACAUUUACGCCGUCGGCGGGCGAGACGAUUGCAUGGAGCUCUCGUCCGCCGAGCGCUACAAUCCACUGACCAAUACCUGGAGCCCCAUCGUGGCCAUGACCUCCCGCCGCAGUGGGGUUGGCCUGGCCGUCGUCAAUGGACAGCUGUAUGCUGUGGGCGGCUUUGAUGGUUCCGCCUAUUUGAAAACCAUCGAGGUCUACGACCCAGAGACGAACCAAUGGCGUUUGUGCGGCUGCAUGAACUACCGCCGACUGGGCGGCGGCGUGGGCGUGAUGCGGGCUCCUCAGACUGAGAACUAUAUGUGGUGCGAAAAUAGUUUUAAGCAACCGAAUUCCUGAUACUAACUCAACUCCCAUCCCUUCCAUUGCUGAUGAAAUGUUGUCUUGUCUCUCUUUCCCCCCCGAAAACAUGCUAACAAAUUCAGGAUACGGAAAGAUUCUGUUGUCUGAUGGGAACAGCAGCCGACAACGUUGCCCUCGCAAACGUUGCCGCCGCCGCACUUCUACUAACAAUAUCCGCAAUCGAAGCCAAAUCUAAUCGACUAAACAAAACACCUUUUCGCCCCAUUGUCUACUAGCAGUAUAAUCGCUUUGUAUUAAUUGUUAAUUGUUUAUUUGGUAGAGCCUAAAGCGCAUGUUUGUUAGACUUUUCCAAAAUAGUAUUAAAGUUAGCAUUGCCCCGCUCCCACGUUCACCUGCAAUCACUCAUCCCCAUCACUCCUGUGCGUAAUUAUAUAUAUAUGAUUCUACUGUAUGUUAAGCAAGUAUAGUUUAUAAAUAACUUAAUAUCUAAAUGUUGCCGGUGGUAUUUCAUGGAAAUCGCUAGCUCCAUAACCAUGCCUUCUUUCGAAAAAACAAAACAAAAUCAAAUAUUAACCUAGAAACGAAUUCGAUUAGUUGUAAAUCUUUAAACGAAGAGCUCUAAAGUCAAGUAACAAAUUGGUAUUAAAAUAAUUUAGACUUAAGGAGUGAAUUCAAAAAAGUUUGUCCGAAAUUAAACAUCACAAUGGUGCAAUAUUUCGAUCGACCAACUAAAUGCUGUUGUUUAGUCAAGUACUACACUUUAAAUCAUUG